AUGUACCGCCACAUUUCCGCCCCCAUUCUUGCAUUACCAGUCGAGCUCCUCAGCCAUAUUUUUGUCCUCGCCACACACGACACUGAAACGGUUGAUGACGACUGUCCAUCCUUCAACUCGACUAGUGUGCUCGCCCCGCUCGACUAUGGCCUGGUGUGCAAGCUCUGGCGCUAUAUCGCUCUGAAUACACCAGCCUUGUAUACCAGCAUUUGCAUCACCCCCGAGCUCCUGCAUGAGUCGGACAGUUUGGAUCUUCGAGGAAUUGCAACUUACCUGAAGCUGUCCCGAAACUAUCCUCUCGACAUUCUCAUCGAUGCGCGUGAUCAGGAUUGGGACUUUGAUGAUGAAGGUCUAUAUAUGCCCUGGUUUACGUCUCAGCAUAUGGCAGAAACUGUCGAGCUGAUCCUCCCCUUUAUCCACCGCUGGCGGUCCCUCUCCAUUUUCACCGACAUCUCAUCACCAAUGCACACUGCUCUAAGAAUGAUUGAAGGUCGACUUGACACCACCACCUUUUCGAGUUUGGAAAGCCUUCGGUUGAUGCGCUGUGACGCAUACGCUGCCUACGGCGAACCCAACUCAAGCUAUUCAUUUCUCGAGACACUGUCAAUGAAUCGCCCAUCUAUUCUUCCCUGUCUUCGCCAACUUACUCUGCGUGGCGUAUCUGCAGCUUGGACACCACUCUCCGCACACCUCACAGCCAGUCUUUCCGCAGUCGAACUUGCAUUUCUACCGAAUUCUCUGCAGCCAUCGCUUUCAGAACUCUCGGGAAUGCUUUGUGCAACUUCAAAUCUCGAGCGACUGACACUGAACGUUGCGGGUCCCGUCGAGACAGAGACCGAUGAUCUGCCCACGUUACCAAAACUGGCGUCUUUGUAUCUCGGUUACACUUCCAUUGGAGCCGGAGCUGCAACGCUCCGUUUCAUUUCUGCGGCAGCUACCUCGCUCAACUCGAUUUCGCUCGAAGAUGCAAGUGAUCCAGCGUCACUCAUCCCACUAGACGCCGCCCCUAUGCUUUCACUCCUUUUCUCAUCAUCCGAGUCGCAACGACCAUUCCCCAACUUGGCAAAAGUUGCAUUGCGCCGCGUUAUGACCGCUGCUGUCCAUGUUCCAGACGAUGUGCUUGUUCUCGACCAUCUCGAACUCGUUAACGUCAGCGAAACUCUGUUUGAUCUUGGUCGCGCUGCACGCCAUAUUUGCGUUCGCGGGCGGUUCAUUGGGCCGUUCACUGAUAGCAUCACCCAGAGCCCAACAGAUGAUUGGCUCGAACAUGUUACUCUGAGCCUCAUCAGCACGAAGACUCCUCGACUGAUUGAGGCGUAUGAGGAGGUGUAUUCGGACCCUCUUCAGCAGUCGGUCCAGGAAUGGGUCACGGGUGAUAUCCAAGUCCGUGUCGUGAGGAUGCACGAUCCAGAAACUUCGGACUCCUCCGCCUCUGACGAAGACGACGACGAAACGAUGUCAUUGGGAAGCGACGAGGAAGAUUGGUCGCCAUUCGGCGGUUCCCAACCCCGCUCUAAUCCGUUGGUCGCGAUGGUACCAAGUUGGGCUGGAAUCCUUGGUGGAGGAAAUGUGGUUGUUCGCCUUGGGUUGUGA